ACCCGCCAAAAUGUGGGUACAGCUUAAGUUUUAUCCUAAGUCACAGUGUGCUGCGCUAUGUGAGAUCAACGCUUCAAGUUGCUGCCGUGCUGGCAUUGUGCGCCACCUUUUGAUUCCAGCUCAGGACUUUUGCGGCUUUGCAGAAUCCAUCUCACCGUUUUUGCAGUAGCGGUGAAUGUUUGAUUUGUGCUGCAAUCGGUUGAAGAUUCGCAGAAGCGCAAGAGUUGGUACAUCUACAAGUGGUUGUCAGUGAAAGAGGAAGAGGACAUGGCUACCAGCGGAGAUGAGAUUGCCAGCUCAACCGGGGACUCACUGCAGAUUUUGAUGGCAGCAUUCAAUCGAAGAGCCGCCGACCUAAAGGAGAUGAUUCUCCUACGGCAUUUGUCAAUUGAUCAAUAUGGUGCAGACUUGGCCGCCCUUGACACUUCCAUCAAAGCACUGGAGCGGCAGCUUCAAGCAAUCAAAGCACACCUCAGGCAUGAGGCAGAAGGGCUUCCCAGCACGCAGGACCUGGUGGAACGAUCCCAACAGCAACAACGAAAGCUGCAGUCCAUUGCGGCGCACCUUCCGGCGCAUCUGCCAAAUCAGAGCGGCCGAUUCUCACAGAACGGCUCUGAGACGUCCACUUCAUACACCACCUCGAGAGCCAACGAGUCAAACAAAGUCAAUGAAGAUAAUGGAACGGAGACUGCUCCAAGCACUGCAAAGGUGAAGAAGGAGCCCCGGGGUGUGCCUCGAAAGUACGUUACGAUGGACGAGCUUAAGUCACUCUCCAGCUACAUGAAGGGCCGACUAACGCUCGACAAAGUCAACGCCGCAGUCGACGACAUGGCGUCAUUUGCGGAGGCGAAUGCACAGCUGCUGUCAGCGCCUCGGAAGAAACUGGGAGAGGACGCCCUGAAGAAGGUUCUGGAGCUUCGGGAGCUCACGGCACUGGAGGGGGUCAAGGGCCAGGCCUUCUUCCUGGAGUUUGACAUGCGGUCGGGGACGCACCUCAAAAUGGACACAACCGGGAAGUCGAUCCUCACGGUACUCAGACAUUUGGGCCGGAUAACAGAAGUUCGGGCACGAGGGCAACGCGUUCUGGUCUUAUCGAGAUAAAAAAGCUCCAAUCCGUAGAGUUGCUUCGACAUAAGCUGUGAGUUGAUGGUUACUCCUUGCUGGCACAAGAUGUUAAGCCCGUCCGCGUGAAAAACUCGUGUCCCUAGCCAGCAUAGUGCGCUGCUGUCAAUCAUUCAAGCUACCGUUGAGACCGGCUGCUGCAAAUGUCAUUGGUAGUGUAAAACAUCGUUAUCGGCCUCGUUGUAACACGCAGAUUGAAAAGGAAGCUUAGCGGAAGCCCUUUUCCCAAAAGUUAGGUGUGCAAAUCCUCUGAACAGCCAUGAGUCCGU